GAAUGAAAAAGUUAGUGCUUCUUCACAAUCAGCAGCUCUGGCUGGUAGUCUGGACUCUAGAAAUAAACGAAUACAAGAACUACAAGAACAGGUACAUCGACUAAAUGAACAACUGAGUGAGUUAGCACGACUGAAAAAUGAAGCUAUUAUCCAUGCAGAAGAAGCCAAUAGUCGAGAGAUGCAGCUCAAGUAUAGGGAAAAGAGACUUGAACAAGAGCAUGGUCUGCUGACAAGGCAGAUUAAUAUAUUGCAGCACCAGUUGGAACAGAGAACAGAGGAAACUGUCAAACAGAGGCAGGAACAUUCCUCAAUCAUUCUUGGACUCCAGACUGAUCUUAACCAUAAACUUGAGGAGCUCAGAGUAGAGAAGGAAGAGAGAGCACAACUUCAGAACCAAGUUGAAGAAAAAUCACAGAAGAUUCAAGAACUUCUUGAUACACUGAAUGCUUCCAGGGAAUCUGAAGUUGAACUGGAAGAGACAUUCCGCCAAGAGUUAGCUGCACAGAAGAAAUUGACAGAAGUAUAUCAAGCUUCAACACAAAAUGAGAAGGAACGUGCUGCUGCCCUCGAGAAAGGUGUUGAAGACCUUCAUAAGCUGUUGCAGGAGGCCAGUGAACAGUAUGGAGCACUAGAGCGGGCCAAAGCUAAGGCUGAUGAGGAGAAUGCAGAGUCUCUACAACAGUCCAAUGCAUUGGUGAAAGAGCUAAAGGAAGAAUUGGACAAGGUUAACAUGCUCCUAGAAGCCAGUGCCAAGAAAGAUCAGAGUGGAUAUGAUGAACUUUCCCCAGCAGCUAGUGCAGCAAGUCAGCUGGUGAGCAAGGGCUUGAGCCUCACCCAGCUGUAUGGCGAGUACCUGUCCACCACAGAGAAGCUCAUGGCAGUAGAGGAAGAAAACAAGCGACUCAAACGUUAUGUUGAUCAGAUAUUGAAGGAAAUUGAAGAGCGAGUUCCAGUAUUGAAAAAGCAAAGAGAGGACCACCAGAAGUCGCUAGAAACAAUAACAGCACUCCAAACCCAGCUUGAGGAAGCACUUGUUGAUAUAGAAAAGCAGAGAUUGGAAGCAGAUGAAGCCCGGAGGCGAUCCAGUUACAUGGAUCGAGAAAAUAAGCGGCUUGAUAGCCAAGUGAAGGACCUAAGUAAACAAGUAACCAUUUUGGUUUCGCAAGUUGAGGCUGCCAGAGCUGGAUUACCUCCCCCAAUAAUUCCAAACAAUUCCAAGAAUCCAUCUAUUGCUGGAGAUGUCAUAUCCCAGCGCUUAGUAGCAUUCAGAGAUGUAGCUGAAUUACAAGAACAAAAUAUGAGCUUGCGUGUGUCUCUGCGGGAGCUUUCGGAACAGCUAGAAACUUCAGAGCAAUCUGCUGUUGAUGAAAAGACUAAGGAGCUCAAGGAGGAGCUCAGUGCUGCCAAGGCUCAACUGUCAGAGCUCACAACAGCAAGGGAACGUCAGGAAGCCUUGAUGACCAACUUGGUACAUCAGCGUGACAUGUACCGCACACUCCUGACACAGCAGAGUCCAAAAUCUGAAGCUAAAACUGAUCAAAGAAGUCAAACACCAUUGCCAGUGGAAGGAUCCCAAGAGAAAAUUAAAAGUCUUCAGCAAGAUUUAGAGCAGUCCAAGAAAGAGGUGAUUACUUUGAAGAAGGAACAUGAAGAGUACCGUUCAGAGAAAGCUAAGAAUGAUAAAAUGAUGAGAGAAGAACAUGACAGCCUGAGAGCCACAAUGGAGAAAACUAGGAAUGAGAACAUCAAGCUGUUAUCUCAAGCUGAGUACAAUGAUGAGCGCAUCAAGACUUUGCAAAAUAAUGGAGAAGUUCUGAAGCGACAAAUUGCAGCCCUGGAGAAAAACAACAGUACUUUAAAUGGUAUCGUAGGUCGACAUGAGGGUACCAUUGACACUCUCCGAAAUGAGUACCUCGCCUUACAAAAGAAGCUGUCACGAGCAGAAAUUGCUGUUGACAAUCUUAGAGAAGAAAAAACCUUGCUUAAGGAAACAGAGGCUAGACUCCUUGCUGAAAGGGAAUCUUUAUCUCAUGGACACACCUCUCAAGCUAUGCUCUUAGCUAAUUUAGAAGCCAUAAAGAUAAACUUGGAGCGUAAGGAUUCUGAAGGAAAGAUGAGAUAUGAAAACAGAAUUGCAGAAUUGACUGAACAAGUCAGUCUCCUGAAAGCAAAAUUGGAAUCCAACUCUGACCUAAAAGUUGCAACAGAUAAGGUGAAAGAAUUGGAGGCUCGUAUAAGAAGCAUGCAUGAGGAAAAUGCAGGGACUACCAAGCAGCUGUUAGAAGUUAGAGCUGAAUUGGCUUCCACAAAGACAAAAAUGAAUGACCUUCAAGAAAGAGCUAAAGCUGUGCAGUCUUCACCAGGAGCAAGGGCAAGAGGUAUGAGCCCAGUGGGAUCAGGACCAAUGCGUCCAGCUGGACCCUCACCACAAGUGCGUGAUUUGGAAGUUCAGCUUGCAGAGGAGAAAGCCAAAGCAACAGCACUGCAGGCUGCUUUAGAUCAGUCCAAACGUUCUGUGAAUGAACUAAUGGAACUCGGAAAACAACAUGAAAAGCAGCUUGCUGACUCAACAGAAGCUUGCAAGAUAGCAAAUGAAGAAUUAAAUAAGCUGAAGAAGGAAGCUGAUGAGACUGAGAAUAAGCUUAACAAGACAGAGACACAAUUAAGAGAGGCAAUAGAAGAAACUGAAACUCUGAAGAGCCUACUGAAUGCAAAAUUAGCCAAGACUGAGGAUGAGUUACAGGCUUGCCAGAAGCAACUAAGUGAUGCCAAUGAAGCACUGGAGAAGGCCAAGGAAGAUGAAGCUGCUGCCAGGAAAGAGUCUCAAGAGCAAUCCAGAAUUGCUGGUGAAGUUCAAGACAAGUACGAAAGGGAGGUAAUUUUGCAUGCAGCAGACCUUAAAGCACUGGCAACUUUGAAGGAAAGACAAGCAGAGUACAAUGCUGAGCUUCAAGAGGCUGUCUGUGCCAAGACCAAGGCUGAAGAGGCUGUCAGAGAAACACGCCUUGGCUUUGAGGAACGUGAGACAACACUGCGUAAGGAAAAUAAGGACCUCAUGGUGCGCAGCCAUGAGUUGGAGGAGCAAAACAAAUCCCUCUUGGACCAGUUCACGCAACUUUCUGAUAAAAUGGCUACUAUGCAAAAGAAAUUCACCUCAUCUGAGGGAGAAGGUCAAAAUGUGUCAUUCACUGAGGAUGAAGCUCGAUCUUCCGACCAACUUCGUGAAAUCAUUAAGUACUUGCGUCGGGAACGAGAUGUGACCUGUGGAAAGUUUGAGGUGGCACAGGCAGAAAGUCAGAGAAUUGAGGCACAGAGGGCUUGUCUCAGAACUCAAGUUGACCAGUUAACUAAAGAGCUUGCUGAAGAAAGGGAAAAAAAUCAGGUCUCUGUAGACAGUGCUAGUCGCUAUGCUGAGCUCCUGAGGAAGGUGCACACCAUGGAUGCUUUGGCUGACAGCAACCGCCUCAUGCGUGAAGAAAAAGAAGGAUUGCAGAACUCGCUCGCUGAAUUUAAGGCCAAAUAUGAGUCAAUUCAGAAACAGAUUGAGCCACUACAGGAGAAACUGAGGCUGAAUGAUAAUAGGAUUGAUUCACUAACACUUGAAAAGAAAACACUUGAAAAUGAAAAGGAAAUGUUCAAAAAGAGAACUGCAGAACUUGUUGAGAAACUUAACCGAGCUAAGCCUGAAGACUUUGUUAAACUUCAACAAGAGGUGACAGAACAGCAAAAAGCUCUGCAAAGCAAAGAAGUGGAGAUUAACCGAUUGAAGACUCAGCUUGCACUAUUAUCCAAGAAUCAACAAAUGAUUGUCAACCAGAAGAAUCAGUUCCAGCAGCAGCUCACAAAUACCCGAGAGGAGUUACGGAAAUUACAUGAAGAGACAAGAAAAAAUGUGUUGGAAAAGACUCGUUUACAGCAACAACAUGGGGAGGAGAGCAAGAAAGUUGCUGCAGAAAGAGCUCGUCUCCAGCAGCAGCUGGUGCAGUCCCAGGAGCGAGUGCGAGGGCUGGAAGCAUCAUCACAGCAAGCUCAAGCCACCCACCAGCAAGAAAUGGCAAAUAUGAUGGAGCUGAAGCAACGAGAAGAGACACAGAGACAUCAGCUGGAAACCACAAAACGUGAAAUGGAAACGCUUGGUGAGAAGCUUAAAGAUGCUGAGACAAAGUUAGCAGAUGCAGUCAAGAAGGCUGAUAACUUUGAAAAACAGUCUUUGCAGCUCCGGAAAAUUGCAACCAAGUACAAGAAAGCAGCAGAAGGUGGAGCUUCAACAGCAGGAGCAGGUGCAGGUGAAGGUGCAGAGGGUGAAACUGUAGUUGGCCCAGAAAAAGUGAAGGAAUUUGAAGAAACAAUAAGUUCACUUCGUCAAAAGCAGGAGGCAACACAAGAAGAGUGCUCUACUCUACAAAAAGAAAUUACAAACUUAAAACAAAUGCUGUCUAACAAAGAAGCUGAAUUUGAGCAGGCAAAAGUUCAGGCACAGCAAAAAGAGGGAGAGUUUACCAAGCUUCGAAGUGAUUUAGAAAGCAAGACCAGAGAGCUGCAAGUAGCACAGAACUUUGCCACCCAGCUUAAACAAAAUGUAUCUAAACAAAUUGCAGACUUCACAAAGAGAUUAGAGGAAACCCAAAACCAGAAACAAAUAUAUGAGACACGCAUUGCUCAUUUAGAAAAGGAACGUGAACAGUUAACACAUGAAAUUGAAACUCUAAACAAGAAGCUUCAAAUGCAGCAGCGACAGUUGGAGAACCUACAGAAGCAAGCUACAGGAGUAUCUAAGCCAUCUACAAGUGGUGUUUCAUCAGAGAAGACUGGGUUUGAUCCGCCACCCACUGCCAAUAUCAAGCCCAUGAGCACUCCAGGGGCUGCAUCUGCUUCUCCUCGCUCACAGGCCGCUACACAGGUUGUUCCACCAUCACGUGCCAUUCCCACUGCAAGCAUUCGCCCAAUGGCUCCACCCACAGGCGGGUCUGCACCUCCCCAAGGAUCAACUGUUAUGGUGGUGUCUCCCUUGGAAACCCAUAGUGAUGGUAUGGUGUCUUCCACAGUGACCUUGCCUCAAGCCACUGUGACACCCACACCAGCCAUUUCUGCCCCAACUUUGCUCACUACAGCAACCACAACACCUUCAGCUACCACAACCAUGACUACAACCCUCACUGCAACUGUCUCCCCAACACCAGUGUCAGUUUCCCUCACUACUCCAACAGCUCCUGCAGCUGCAAUAUCUUCUAUUACAUCAUCACAACCAUCAUCACAGUCUUCAACUGCUACUAAAUCAACACUGGCCAGUCAGUCAUCUUCAGCCUCACAGUCAACCACAGGUGUUGCUGAAUCCACUCCUGCCACUCAAUCAACAGCAGCUGUUCAGUCAGCACCCUCCACAAAAGCUGCAGCUUUGCAAACUGCUGCAGCUACUUCUUCAACUGCAGGUUCACAGUCUACUUUGGCCAGUCAGUCUACUUUAGGACCUCAAACUGCCAUAGCCAGUACUUCUAUUGUUGCACCUAUUGUAUCUGUAGCUGCUGGAGGUGCAGGAGCUUCUUCCAAAACUGCAGCAACUUCAGCCCAACACUUAAGGCAAGACUCUCAAGAAGUAUCUGCUGACACAUUGAUUUCACAAGCCAUUGCUCUUGUGAGCCCACUCAGCUCUCAAGAAAUGGCUGGGCCAUCAGACACCAGCUCGCUGAAAAGAAAGCUUGAUUCACCUGAGACAGUUAGUAAUACUAAAGAUGCAAAACGCACGUGUGUUGAAGGAGAUGCACAGCAAUCAGCAGAAGAAGCAGGGCCAUCAUCAUCACAUGCUGAGCAGGAGAAUGAUGAUGCAAGUCAGACCCAAGAAAAUGAUGAUGUAAUUCAGUUAGAAUCAGAUGAUGAAGGAGAAUAUGAUCCAGGUGAGGAAGAUGAGGAAGAAGAGGAGGAGGAAGAUGAUCACAUGGGAGAAGAGGAGCAAGAAACUGGUCUUCAUCAGAUUGACUCUGAUGAUGAAGAUGAAGCCAUGGAGCAUGACGAAACUACUCGAGAAUGCAGUCAGGGCCUUAAUGCAGAGGAAGGACAGAAUACCCGAGAAGCUGAAGGGAACCUAGGAGAUGCUGAGGCAGAAGCUGAAGCGACUUCACGCUUGUCAGAAGAUGCAGAGGAUUCAAGAGGUGAAUCUCAUGAAGCUCCAAGUGAAAGCCAGCAUCCUCAGCCCUCAGCAGGACCAAGCCAGCCCUCCUCUUCAAGUCGUGGAAUGGAUGGGCCAUCACAGACCAGCUCAAGAUCAUCCCUUGUACUUCCCCGACCUAUCAUUCGUCAAGAGCGUCGCCAGGCAUUACUUCCCUUCAGCCAGUUACCUCAGUAUGAAGAAGGAGGAGAUGAUAGUAUUGUUCCAUCCACACCAACCCUAUUUGUUCCCAGACGUGGAGAUGGAUUUUCUGAAGCUGUCAGUUCCCCACAAGUUCCUUCUGGUGGAUUUGUAUUUGGCUCCAACCCUGAAAUAUCAAAUCCACCCCAAACAAGUGGUUUAGCACAGAUGGCAGAAGGUGGACUUAUUGAUGAUACCAGAAUUGACUUGGGCCAGCUGGAUGAGAGCAAUAGAUCCCAGCCCAGCACUCCCUUGAGGCGCUCUCCAACAGUUGAUCUAGGAGCAGAAGGUGGGGUGAGCACAAGUGAAGGAGACACUCUCCAUCGUGAACCUCCAACUAUCAUGGUCACAAGAGCAGAGCAGUCCAAUGAAGAAAGCACACAAGACUCUGAGGAAAAUUUCACAGAAGCAGACUCAAUGGCAGCAGAAGUAGGGGAAGAUGACAUUGAGGAGGAAGAAGAGGAAACACGUAGAGAAGCAGAUGAUGAAGUGAUUGAUUUGGAAGAUGAAGGAGAAGCUGAAGUAGACAGGCAAGCCAGUGAGGCAGAAGAAAGAAGAGGAGACAAUAGCAACAGCAGCAGUAGCAGUAAUCAGGCUCCUCAAGAUAUGUCCAAUGUGCCCUCAUCUACUCCUAGUUCCAUGCCUUCUUCUUCUCAGCAGCGGAGAAUUACUCCUAUCACAUGGGAGGACUCGCCACAGCGAUUUCAUAGAGGACGAGGCUAUCUGAUGAGCCGUGGAGAUCGUGGUCGAGGUUUCUUGAGAAAUCCUACCAUGGGUGGACGUGGGUUCAAUCCUUUGAUGCAUAACCCAAUGACAAUGAGAGGAAGCACCCCCCAACGAGCCAGGAGAUCUCGUCCUGGGCCGUUCCUACGUGGUCCACCUAUGUAAGUUGGAACUUUAGUUCUUAACAAAGUAAGGGAUUUAAGUUUGUUAUUAACAGGUAUGGAAGAAUCUUCAAUACCAUGUUUGUUUUUUAUGGUAUCUUGUGUCAAUCUGAGGAACAAUUUGACUGCUUAUCAUUUUUAGGUAAUGCUGUAGUUUUUUUUUUUUUUUUUUUUUUUACAAAAACAAGUGAAAAGAAGUAUUUCACUUAAAUUAUAUCAAAUUCAGUUAAUUCAUUAACAAAUGUUUCAUUUGCCUAAAAUGAAAAAGUCAUUCACAAAUUUUUUUUUUUUUUUUUUUUUUUUUUUUUUUUUUUUUUUGAUAGAUUGCAAACAUUAGAUUAAGCAUUUCACAAAUGUGCUUUCCUAUAAGUUAUAUUAUGUGUGAUUCAUAACUGUAAUUACCAAAUUUUUCAUAUAGUUUUAUUAAAGUUACUGCAGAAUAACAUUAAUGGCUGAUGUGAAGACUUGACGCUACAAUUAGAAUUUUGAUUAUUGCAGAGAAAUUAAACAUAAACAUCUUUUCAUUAGUAUGAACCAGAGAUUUCCUCAAUAUAAGGUAUCAUGUAAGAAUGUAACAACUAUAACACUGUAUUUUCGAUGGUCGUGCAUUUGUUUAAUGAACCUCAGUACCUAAUAGCAUAGUUGAUGUAAUGAUAACAUUAUCAUUGACUCAUACAUGUAGGUCAAUUUUUUUUUUCAUUGAUUUUCUUUACUAUAAUAAAACUUGGGAUCAGGCUGUUUUGUAUGUGCAUUUUAUCAUGUAAUAACCAUCUGAAAUAAAAAUUAUCAUGCCUAUUA